GUAUGGAGCAGUCUAUCUCAUCCUCCCUCCUCCCCUGCUUGCUUUUUUUCUUUCUUUCUUUUUUUCGGGCACUCGACCAUCGGGUUCAUUCGCCCUAAAUUCUCAGCCUUUCCCGUCUCUUCGUCUCGAUCGGAUUUUCCUGCUUGGACCCCCUCACACCCCCCGGUUCAUCACACAGACCACACAACAACCAACAGUUCAACUAACCCCGAGUCUGGAAGUUGACUGGGAUUGUCAAAUUUCAAGCUCUUCGAUAGUCCCCCCCGCAUCUGGGUACGCUAACUUUCGAUCUUCGCCUCGUUCUGCGACAGGACUCUUAUGAAGACUUGACCGACCCUUCUGUUGCGAUUCCAUUCUUUUUUUUUUUUUUUGGCACGAUCCCCUUGCAGCCUGUCCAUAGCACAAGCCAGUGCGUGUCUUUGUUGCUUUGAUCAAGGGAAUUUCUCGUGGUUGCCGCUAUGAGUGCAUCAGGAUCUAGCUUCACCUGGGACAAUUCCAGCGAUGUCCUACAAGGAAUCAUCGGCCCCCGGAUAACCGCAACGCAGGCCGAACUCCUACCAGACGGAAUGACAUCUCCUGGCCUUGCUCUCGAAGACCCAGCAUCAUUUCUUGGCCUCCAAUUCGGGACAGACCCAGGGAUCUUGCCUCACAACUAUACGUCCAUUCUCAACCAUUGCCCCCCACUGCACAAACAGUCCUCCCCGACCCCGCAUCAGCUAGAUUAUUCCUAUUACCACCCUCCGCGAUUCAUGAACAACCCGGACUCGUGGAACCCGCUGCAGGUCACUGGCGUUCCACCCAAUUCAUUGGCUUUCCCUAUGCUUCCGCUAGGGCAGGCGCACCACAUGAAUGGGUUCGACCGCAGGUGUUCUACAGGCCAAUAUGGCACUCCGUCCGAAAACGGGAGCCAGUAUAAUGGUCUUCAUUCAUCCGACUCUGGAUACAGUACCCAGAGCUGUACUACACGUUCGAUAGCCGCUUCGUAUGCUAUGGACUCUGUUUGUAGCCCGCACCUUGCACCUCAUCAUGACCACGAAAAUGAUAAUAAGAUGUCAGCAUUGGAUAUCAGCUCAACCCACCACAGUGAACCGAUGGACCUUAUCGAACGCCCUGAGUCACCGUCACUAUUAUGCUACGAUACAAUCAAAUGUGAUUAUCCAAGUUGUCAAUGGACUGGAAAAUGUCCGUCCGAUAAGAGAAAACACGAGGCUAGACACAAAAAACUGUUCAAAUGCGACGAACCCAACUGUUCUCGAAAAGAGGGAUUCGGGACAAUCAACGACCUCGCGCGACAUAAGAAGUGCGUCCAUAAACGGGACCCAGAGCGGGGACCCAAGGUUCUAUAUAUGUGUUUUGGACAGAACUGUCCCCGGAGGAACAAGAAGUGGCCCCGACUGGAUAACUUCCGCCAGCAUCUUGCGCGAAUGCACAAUGACGAAGACGUCGAAGAGUUAUUGAGGAAAUCGCAUGAAUGGUAUGAGAACUGCGUGAAACUGAGAGAAAUGAGGCCGCCUUGUAGCGAGGACUUUUUAGAAGACGCAACAGCCUCGCAGUUGCAAGAGAUUGUAGAGUCAGAUAAUCUGGCCAGAAAUCUGGAUCAGGAAUUCUGCACCCCAGGAUUUUCAAAUCCGCCAGUGCUGGAUCCUGUCGAGAUGUUGACCAUGGAUUCAAUCAAGAGGCUGGACCAGGAGCACGAAAACCAUCCAGAGGACCAUGUUCCGAUGCAAACUAUCGACUUGCCUACACUCAAUGCCCUUAACCUUGAGCCCACUCUCGAGCAAAGGGCCUCGAUUCCAUCACAGUUCGUUAAUUCCAAGGCUGACAAAAUGGACGACAUGAUCUCCGAAGCUGCGGCGAGCGUGAUCAACGCCAUGACGAAAAUGAUAAACAACCACCAGCGAAGACGAGGCCAACGCGGCGAUGGCUACGAUCUCGCUGAGCAAGAGGGGGACGAGUUGUCGGAUCGAAAGCGAGAGAUGCUGCAGAGGAUUCUAACAGCAGCGCUGGAACGCCUCUCGGGCAGUUCGGGGCCAACCCCAGGCACACAUCAGGAUAGUGCCAAUGGCGAAUCUGACCAGAAGGGAUGGAUCCAAUGCGAAUUCUGCACGAAGCGAACGCGCCUGCGCUGUGAAAUGAAGAAACACAAAAAGCGACAUGAACGACCGUACGGCUGUACAUUCUACAAGUGCGACAAAACCUUUGGCAGCAAAGCUGACUGGAAACGUCACGAACAGUCCCAGCAUUUUGGCCUGCAGGGCUGGCAGUGCACCCUGCCUGACCCCACACAGCCAAGUAUCCUCUGCGCUCGGCCCUUUCAUCGACAGGAGGAGUACGUCCGACAUUUGAAGAAACACCAUCAAGCCGAUGAGGAAGAAGUCCGGACAUUGGUCCGCAAGGACCGCCUCAGCUGGAACGGGGAGCCGCAAUUUUGGUGUGGGUUUUGUCGUGAUAUUAUACAUCUCCGGGGGCGCGGUCUGGCGGCGUGGAACCAGCGAUUCAACCACAUUGAUCUCGAGCACUUCAAGAAGGGUGAGCGCAUCGGGGACUGGUUUCUGCCCGCUAUGCAAAUGACAAAAGACCGGGAGGGGGAGAACGAUCCCAUCAUGGAUGAGAACAGUGACGAUGAGUCCGUAUGCCGCAGUAACCACUCUCAUCGGGACCUCAUUCACAAAGACGCCAUGGCCGUCGACCAGGGCAUCUCCCAUAAUCAACCACCAUCGAUAUCACGAUUCGACCACAGCACUGCGGAGCGGACCAGGACAAACCACCGCAAGCGCAAACUCGCAGAACCCCAAACAUCGCUACCUUCCUAUCAACCGCUUGACAACCCCGCCGCCCCUAAUGUAGAAAAGAAGUCACGAACAAGAUCCACCCAGCCGCAUCCACGGUCAACCGGAGUCGCGGCUGAGCCGGGCAAGCCCGUUUCGUGUGUAAAUUCUCCCUGAACAAAUCCUCCUUGGCCGUAUCGAUGGGAAAUAUAUGUAGCUAGCUGACCGAUGCAUAGUGUCAGUGUGCACAGGGCCGUUUUGGGGGCUUAUCGAGCACCGGAGGUAGUAGUAAUAAUUGCCUGUAUUGUCGACAUCGGGUGUGCGGGGGUGUAGUGAGACCCUAACACACAUUUAUGAUUUUCUAUGAUUGACUGUAAAUAGUUUGAAUCUACAUAGCUUUACCACUUUAUACCAUUGAUAGUCCAGAAAACAGUUUUUUUCUCGC